GUCACUGUCAACAGGGUUGUUGUGGCAACAAUAACAGUUACAAACUUGUUGAAGCCAGUUAAUAAUGUGGAGAAUUUCGUGCAAAGAGUGACAUAACUGUUGCUGAUGAUAAUAUCCGCUGGAGAUAACGAUUUAAAGCAUUGAGUCAAUGAUGAGUGAUGACUGGGUUAUACAAGGUUCCAGACCUCCUUCUGUAGCAGAUAAUCGUCCAAAAUCAACAACAUUCAAACAUUUUGGAUAUCGUAUGGUUGAUUCAUCAUCUCCGGUGGAUGAAUCCCUUUUCCGAUCUCAUCACCAAGGCCGUCUUUCCGGACGAGUCAAUUUUCAACCACCUUGGGAUAGCACCAAGAAAUUUGACAGUCAAAAAAUCAUAGUGAAAAAAAAGAAAAAAGAUCGGCCAUUGUUUUGGUCACCAACCCCGAAUUCAAGUUGUGAAAAUUUUGUGAUGUUGAAAAAGGGCUCUGGAUUGAGAACUGAGAUAUUUCGUCGCCAGAAGCACACACCAACUUUUUGUGAUGAGUCCCUCUUCGGACUAAAAAAUCAGUUCGAGGAGCCAACUUUCGAUGCUCCUUGGGACUGUCCUGUAAAAGAUAACAUGAUUUAUAAAGACCUAAAUGGAAAUUCUGUGUCGAAUAUUAACUCUAACAAUUGGAAAAAGAUUAAACUACGAAACAGACCCUCUACAGCUCCGUCCCAAAAGAGUAAUGCCAGACCUCUUUGGAAGCCUUGAUCAAAUGUGAUCAAGCUAAAAGAAUGUUUAAAUGGAUAUUUUUACUGACUAUCUGGCUAUGUGACUAGAAUUGGACAAUCUGAUUAAAACACAGAUCCUAUUUCGUUUCAUUUUUUUUAUAGUUCAAAAUUUUGUUUUAUUUGUCUUUACUACACUAGGAUCUGGAAGAGUUAUUAUAUUACCAGCUUUUUGGUUGAAGUGAGGGAUAAUAUCAGCCAAUUAAACGGUCUAUUACAGCGAAUUCUCGUCAUGCCAUGCACAGAAUUGUGAGUAAACCACUAGAAACGUCAAUGUCAAUGCUGAUUGAUUAAUCAAUGUCUGACGUCAUAGGGUCAAAAGCAGCGCCUAUGACCUCUGACGCAACCGGUCAGAUCUCCAUGUAUUGUAGGCCACCGAAAGUAUAAAAAAAAUGAAACUAAAUAUAGAUCUGUGUUUUAAUCAGAUUGAAAUUACAAGAAUGUUUAAAUGGUGCAGAUAUUUGAUUUAACCUAUAUGAUCUUUGGUGAAAGUGGAUAUUAGCCCUUUAGUACUUGUUACAUGUAAAUAUAGACUACCCAAGUGAAAGUGAACGUUAACCCAUUAGUACUUAUUACAUGUAAAUAUUGAAUACUCUACUUCCUUGAAGGAAAUUAGAGAAAGGUGAUAUAUUAAUACUUGUACAUUCCCGGAUAGACUGAAACUGCUAUACCUACAUGUAAAGCGGUACACAUACUAGCCGAAUCGUUCGCUGAAUCAAUCACUGCCGAAAUUCACCUGUGUCGCCUGGCCAAAUUUUUUAUUCGCCCAAAUGAAACAUGUUUGAUAUAAUCGCCUAGUGUGUCCACUUCACCCAAUUGCAGAAUAUAUUAGCCAAUCACUACUGCUAUCAAGAAGUCAUGUGAUUGUUUGAAGACAUGGUCGCUGCCAUGUUUAAUCAUGUGACAUUGAAGGAGAUGCAAUCGACUGGUGUGUCCACUCAUUCAGCUAAAAUUCAGGCGCUGACUGAUUCGGCUGGUGUGUCCACCGCUUUAGACCACCUCAAACUGAUUAAGAUAUGUAAAUAGCUUUCCCUGUUAAAGGAACAUUUUAUGUUUGCCACAGCUGUGCAUGUGACAGUGCGGACUAAGAGGCCCUAGUUAAAGGGUUAAAGUUCAUUUGAUUUGAGAAUAAUUAGUGUUAUGGGGAAGGGAAGAUAACCAUGUCCUUUUUUAAAGGCCAGUCCCCGAGAUUACAAAACAAAGCAUUCUCAGACUUAAGUUAACAAUUUUACUCAGGAUUGUUCGCUUUAUUUCAGCUUACACGUACAUGUAAAACUUUCUUUGUUUUAAUAUAUCAAGGACAUCAAUUUUAUUUCAAUAGUUUGAUUGUGCUUAGGGUUUUUAGCAGUGGGGGGAAAAAGGAGGACCCGGAGAAAACCUAUGAGGUUGAACAUGCGACCCUACUCCUUGUCACUUACAACCAGGGAAUCGAAACCACACCAACUGAUUCAAUGACAGACCUUAUGAUACAACGCGCAUACGCUAACCAUUCGGCAAUACACCCCCCCCCCCCUAUUUAUUGAACAAAAACAAGAACCUGAAGAACUAAACAUUAUAUUGGUUUGGCCUUAAUGAUGUUAUAAAUUGACACACAAGGGCAUUAUUGAGAAUAUUUUAUGCACCAGAGAUUGCAAAAUGCAACUAAAAGCAGUACACAUUACUACCCUUUGAUUUCGAAAUUCAUCAGCAAAGGGAAAAUUGUCUGUCAAAAUACUGGUGUAAUUGUAAAAGUAAAUUUUAAGUAGUGUACUGGAUAUUCAUUUUUUCGAAAAAAUAAUUCAUGUGCCAUGUAAAUGUCUUCGCCUUCUAUUAUUUUAUUAUGGUCUUCCCUGUGGGAGGAAACCAGAGUAAACCCACAAGGUUAAGAAGGCACCCCAAUCUUCAAGCCACAUAUACACUUACAGACUGAAACCAAGACUGUCUGGUUUAUAUCACGCCAUGUAGACUUGCCCUACCAGCAGCACUAGAUCUAAGGAGGAGGGGGGGACGAGGUUGUAAAUUUGUUUUGGGUUUAUUACAAGAUCAAAAUUUCCAUUGGAUGACGGAGAGAUGCAAAUAGGUCGCAAAUUUGAGAUAAUUCAUACAUUAGUACGGAUAUAAUAGGUUUUAAGCUCUGCAAGAUGUUCUUUAUUUCUAUUUCAUUUCAUGUCACUCCGCCAGAAUGCAGCAAAUCAAAUCUUUUUUUCAACAUUUUCGGUGGGAGUACCCCGCACUGGACCCUAUAGGGCCAUCUUGAAUUUGUAUCUUCAUUAACCAUGUUGGAGCAGAGAAAAGUAGGACCUUAAACCCCACUUUCAUUUCAUUUUUAUUUUGAAUUUCCAUGUUGAAAAAGAAGUACCAGGCGCAGAUCUAAGGGGGGGGGGGCCCUGUUCAGCUACAUAAAUUUUUUUGUAAAACAACCUUUUUUAUGAGAAAAGUGUCAUAAUUGUGCUUUAUCCUUUAUCGUCAGAUGGUGCGACAUGAUGGGCACUCAAAGCGCAAGAUAAUGAUACAGACAUGUGAUAUCACAAUUAAUGUUUUGCAUCAAUAAAAUUGAAUCACAAUGUCAUUGUAUUAAUUCAUAAUAAAAAUUGACGUCAAACAGGAGGUUGGAUUUCCCUGUUUAAAAAGCUCAGUUUGUCUGUAUAUACGCCAAAAUGACGAUAGAGACCAUGUAUUUCUCAAAAAAUUUCAAGCCGAGGGGGGGGGGGGGAUACAUUUUCUCAGGAACCUGGCAAACCCCCUCCUGCAAAAAUUCCUGGAUCCGCCCCUGAGUAGGCCCUACUGUCUCUUUAAUAAAAUCAUGAUCACUGAUAUGAUUUAUUUAUUUAUUCCAGAAAAAAUAAAAUAUAAUACAACACAGUUUAGAAGUUUUUCAUGGUAUUUGUUAUUUUUCUUCCAAUUUUUUUUAUUGAUUUGUUUUCAACAUGAAUCGUUAAUGAUUAUUUAUUUAUUAUAUUAUUACAUGUAUUUUCAAUCUUGUAAAAAUUCACGAGUUGCCUCCCUUUAAUCUCCGAAUUAAAUUGUUUUGAAUUAAUGCCAAGAAAGAAACAAACAACUAAGAGAUUUCGUAUUUGUUUUCCAUUAUUUAUUACAAUUACGCUAUCCGUUUUGCUAAUUAAUUGUAAAAAUACAAACAAACCCUUGAUAAAUGUUAAUAAACAAAGAAUAGUAAAA